AUGGCGUCACUAUCGGAGCUCAAUGACGACAUAAUUCGUAGCAUGGCCGUCGGUGCUAUUUUCUCAGAUUUCAGAGGGAAAAUCAAUUCUUUAGAUUUCCACCGGACAGCUGAUUUGUUGGUGACAUCAAGCGACGAUGAUUCGGUGCGGCUGUAUGACAUUGCUUCUGCUAAAUUGCUGAAGACGACAUAUCAUAAAAAACAUGGGGCCGACAGGAUAUGUUUCACUCACCACCCAAGUUCCAUAAUUUGCUCUUCGAAAAACUUGGAUUCUAAUGAAGAGUCUUUGAGGUAUCUGUCAAUGUUUGAUAAUAGGUGCCUUCGAUACUUCAAGGGGCACAAAGAGAGGGUUGUAUCCCUGUGCAUGUCUCCAGUCAAUGAUGGCUUCAUGUCUGGUUCUCUAGACCACAGUGUUCGAAUGUGGGAUCUUCGUGUGAAUGCCUGUCAGGGAAUUUUACAUCUGAGAGGUAGACCUACUGUUGCUUAUGAUCAACAAGGGUUGGUUUUUGCAGUGGCUAUGGAAGGAGGUGCAAUUAAACUAUUUGAUUCCAGGUCGUAUGACAAGGGCCCGUUUGAUACUUUUCUAGUUGGUGGUGAUACAGCUGAGGUGUGUGAUAUUAAGUUCAGCAAUGAUGGUAAAUCAAUGCUUCUAACGACAACGAAUAACCAUGUAUAUGUCCUUGAUGCUUAUCAUGGAGAGAAGAAGUGUGGAUUUACUAUGGAUUCCUCCCCAAAUGCAACCAUAGAGGCGACUUUCACCCCGGAUGGCCAAUACGUGCUCUCUGGUUCGGGUGAUGGAUAUAUACAUACAUGGAACAUCAACGAUGAGCCGAACAAGGUGGCGUCGUUAGAGAGCUACAUAGGUGUCCCGUCGUGCCUGAGGUGGGCCCCGCGCAGAGUGAUGUUCGCGGCAGCUUCUUCCUCUGUUCUUACCUUUUGGAUCCCCAACGACGGAAGCCCUGCCUCCUCAUAA